CAGUCCGCGCCUUGUGGGCAGAGGGUCAUCAGGUGUCCACAGACCACCGCCUGGAAGCAAAUAUGGUGCAAAAGUAUACAUCACCCAUACGGGUGUACAAGUAUCCAUUUGAGCUUGUGAUGGCUGCCUAUGAGCUGCGCUUCCCUUCCUGUGAUAUGAUUCCAAUUCUGGCUGGCACUGAGAUACUCACUGAUGAGAAGAGUGAUGAUGGGGCCGUACAUGUGGUGGAGCGCAAGUGCCGCCUGCAUGUGGAUGCACCAUACCUGCUCAAAAAGAUCAUGGGCGUCGACUUCAUCUACUUCCGGCAGAAGAACUCGCUCGACAUGCGGGCGCGCACGCUCCACAUCGAGGCCUGGAACGAGAGCUUCGCUUCUCGGGUUGUUAUCAACGAGAACUGCCGCUACACGGUAACCACACGGCCCACGUGGCACGCAUGCUGACCGGCCCCUGCACCACCACGCCGAGGCGUUCUUUCGCUUUGCAAUGACCGCCUGGCUGGCAUUGUGGUCGGUUUGCAGGCUCGGGUAUCUCGACGUCCGGCACCUCCGAUAUAUAUUCUCUUACUGUGUAUGGAGGCCUAUGGUGGCUGGCACGCAAACGCCAAGAGAGGCUGGCACGCACCUAAUUCAAGCAUCUCGGUUAUAUAUGGUCUGGUGUCGAUCAAAGGCGAGGAGGGCGCACGCUGCCUACGAUGGAGCAGGGUCACGGGGGCGGGUGUGUCGGGUGUUCGUGCGCGCGUGUUGUGUCUGAUGAGACACAUGCUGUAAUUGAUCGAUUGAGGAAAGGAUAUAUGGAUGGAUCGUUACGGUGAAUCGAUGUGUUGGUCGCGUGAUCACGCUGGGCGCGCGUAAAUGAAACAGGCGGCAUUAGCCGAGGAACACAUCAGUUAUGACGGCACGUGUUUGGCGCGCCUCUUCACGCUGCGGAUGUGAGCUGGAGGCGCUCUGAACUGCCGGUGCUUCCCGUAGGUUAGAAUAUGUUUCAUGUUUUCUCCUAAUUAUGACACCCAACGGUUUCGCAAAGCUGUCACGAU